AUCACAGUGUGUCUGGAAAACUUAUCGCACAAUGCGGUGCUCAAUUGCAGCUUACGUCAUUGUUGUCGCAUUGUCUCACUUGGUCACUGGUUUGAAUUACGUGAUAUUAACUGAUGCCAAUGGCUACAUUAGCUCACCCAACUAUCCGCUCGAGUACGACGAUUACGUCGAUUGCCGUUGGCUCAUCCAAGCACCUGAAUUUAAUUACCGGAUUAUAGUCUAUUUUAUGGGCAAUUUCACCACGAAAACUGGAUUCGAUCGUCUUACGUUUUACGAUGGGGCCACCACCAGCUCACCGGUGAUGCUCGAUUGGAGCGGCCAUGAAUAUUUCUACCCGUGGAUCACGUCUAAAACCGAUAAAAUGUUGAUCCAAUUCACAUCUCUUAGGGGCCAGAGUGAAAAGGGAUUCAAGUUGCGUUAUUACACGGAAAAGAAACAAGAGUGUGGUGGUUUACUAACGUUUCCUAGUGGCACGAUUGCUAGUCCCGGAUUUCCGGCGGAUCCGCACUACUACGAUAACAACGUCGAUUGUCUGUGGGAAAUUGUGGCUCCGUUGGAUCAAAAGGUCAUACUUCAGUUCACCAAUUUCACGACCGAACCGGGCAGAGACACCGUCACUGUCGUUGAUCCGGCGCUCUCCAAUCCGAUCGUUAUGAUUCACAGCGGUCGAAUAGUACCACCUGUAACUGUUUCACAGGGAAAUAAGUUAUCGGUACGUUUUCAAUCAGAUGCUUACAUGCACGACAUUCCUGGAUUUAUCGCGGAGUAUUCUAUGACAGACCAAUAAAUUUAAUUGUCUUUUAAAAUCAACAACGUGAUGAAAAUUAACCUUAAAAUGUUUCAAGAAUAAAAUAGAAACAGAUGUAGAAGCUA